AUGUGCACUCUUGAGAAGAGAGGCAACCUCUUCAUCUUAACCAUCAUCGGUGAUGAUGAGCACCGGUUGAACCCAACGCUGAUAGACUCCAUCAGGGAGGCUCUGCACCGUGCUCGGGGUGAGUGUAGUGGCCCCUCCGCCCUCAUCACCACAGCCCAAGGAAAAUUUUUCUCUAACGGCUAUGAUCUUGCAUGGGCCCAAUCCGACAGAUCCCGGUUACUGCUCAUGGACGCCAAGCUCCGGUGUCUUAUUUCCGACCUCAUCAACUUCCCCAUGCCCACCAUCGCCGCCGUCACAGGCCAUGCCUCAGCAGCUGCCUUCGCCUUCGCCAUGGCCCACGACUACAUCCUAAUGCGCAAAGAUCGGGGUUUUCUUUACAUGAGUGAGCUGGAUAUUGGGCUUGUGAUCCCGCCAUGGUUUGUGACUUUGUUGAAGUCCAAGGCCAAGUCACCGGUGGCUUGGCGCGAGGUGGUUUUGAAAGCGGCUAAGUUGACGGCUGAGAUGGGAAUGGAGAUGGGCGUUGUUAGCUCGGCUCACGUUAGUGCAGAGGAGACGGUAAAAGCAGCUGUGGAACUAGGGGAGGCGUUGGUGAAGAGAAAAUGGGACGGAGAAGUAUACAGCGAAAACAGGAGGAUGGUGUUUGCUGAGGUGCUGGCUGCGGUUCGUUCGCAUGAAACCGGUGCCGGCGGUGAUGAUGAAAAGCCUGCGGAAUCCGUCGCUAAGACUUUGUCCAAGCUGUGACUUGAAAACCUUCUUGCUGUUGGAUUCAUUUCUUUGCAUGUAUCUGAUAUGGCCCAUGCUUUUUUUAUUAUCUAGUUGUUUACAAGUAAGACCAAUAA